AGAGCGUCUGAAUGGGAGGGCGCGCUGCAGCCGGUGCCGUCUGCUCAUCUCCUCCGGCCCGGCCGGUGGGCCGCAGGCUGGCGGGGAACCCGCUGCCUCUUCCUUCUCACGCUCCGCCCCGCUGUUGAGCUGAAUCGCACAAGAGGGGGGCGGGUCUUGUCUUGGUUUCCAGAAUAAUUCACGAUAAUGGACAGAAUUUCUCCCCCUCUCUAUCUGCUGUGUUGUGCUGGAGGCUAGAAAUGGCUGAAUGCGGUUCAGCUCAGAAUCAGAGCCCGAGUUGCUGAGGCUGGGUCUUACCCCUGUCUGGGUGUUCUGCGAAGAGCCCGCUUGAUUUUGUCAUCCAGACGAACCGGAGAGCUCCUGCCUUCCUCCACCUUACUGUGACUUUUGGUCCUUCCCAUUCCUCAGAUACUGUCAAUUUUUUGCCAAUAAGAAUGGUGGUUUGUCCGCCACAUGGCUGCACAGUUCUUAAUUUUGACUGUUUUUUUUUUAAAGCCUGCCAAUUUGAGUGGGUCAGAUCGCCGUGUGAGUGGAAGAGAGUCAGUUGUGAUAGACUCUCUCAGUUCUAGGAAGGGUGAGAAUGACUGCUGCAAAGUUUUGAGCUUUUCAGUAAAGGAAGAAAUAGAAACAAAAGAUGUCUGGAUCCUGUUGCCAUGGAUACUCUACAGUGGGCUUUCUAGAGAUUGCUCAUUUAGAAAGUGGAUGUGUGGGGUAACAUGUCCAGUGUGUCCGAGGAGAGAAGAAAAAGGCAGCAGAACAUUAAGGAAGGACUGCAGUUUAUCCAGUCACCGCUGUCAUAUCCAGGAACACAGGAACAAUAUGCGGUAUAUUUGCGGACUCUUGUGAGAAAUCUUUUUAAUGAAGGAAAUGAUGUUUAUCGGGAAUGUGAUUGGAAUAGCUCAAUAAGCCAGUACACAGAAGCUUUGAAUAUAGCUGAUUAUGCAAAGUCUGAAGAAAUUUUAAUCCCCAAAGAAAUAAUUGAAAAACUGCAUAUAAAUCGUAUUGCCUGCUAUUCUAAUAUGGGUUUCCAUGAUAAAGUUUUAGAAGAUUGCAAUACAGUCCUCAGCUUAAAUGCCAGUAACUGCAAAGCUCUGUAUCGGAAAUCUAAGGCUUUAAGUGAUUUAGGAAGAUACAAAGAGGCUUAUGAUGCUGUAGCCAAGUGCUCCUUGGCAGUGCCACAGGAUGAACAUGUAAUAAAACUAACUCAAGAACUAGCUCAUAAAUUGGGAUUUAAAAUAAGAAAAGCAUAUGUUAGAGCUGAGCUCUCAUUAAAAUCAGUUCCUGGGGAUGGAGCUACCAAGGCUUUGAACUAUUCUGUGGAAGAUAUUGAGCCAGAUUUAUUAACUCCGAGGCAAGAAGCAGUUUCUGUUGUCUCUUUACCUGCAUCCAGUUUUUCCCAUGAGAUUGGAAGUGAGCUGGCCUCAGUUUCUAUCAUGCCUUUAACUUCUAUUUUGCCGCUGCAAGCGGAAGAGAGUGCUCUGCCGUCUGCGGUGUUGGCGAAUGGAGGGAAGAUCCCCUUUGCUAUGCCGGAAGCGUUUUUAGAUGAUGGUGACAUGGUCCUUGGAGAUGAAAUAGACGACCUUCUUGAUUCUGCCCCCGAAACCAAUGAAACUGUUAUGCCGUCAGCUUUAGUCAGAGGACCCCUUCAGACAGCCAGUGUCUCUCCUAGCAUACCCUUUUCGGCAUCUCUGUUAGGAACCUUACCCAUUGGUGCGAGGUAUGCUCCUCCACCCUCCUUUUCAGAAUUUUAUCCACCUCUGACUUCAUCCUUAGAAGAUUUUUGUUCUUCUUUAAAUUCGUUUUCAAUCAGUGAAUCCAAACGAGAUCUGUCCACCUCAACUUCUAGAGAGGGAACAGCGCUUAACAACAGUAAUUCUUCCCUUUUACUUAUGAAUGGACCAAGUAGUUUGUUUGCUUCUGAGAGUUUCCUGGGAAUUUCAAAUCAGCCUAGAAAUGACUUUGGAAACUUUUUUGGAAGUGCAGUUACCAAACCAUCUUCAUCAGUGACUCCAAGACAUCCUCUUGAAGGAACUCAUGAAUUGAGACAAGCUUGCCAGAUCUGUUUUGUAAAAUCAGGCCCUAAGUUAAUGGACUUCACUUACCAUGCUAAUAUAGAUCAUAAGUGUAAGAAAGAUAUUUUAAUUGGUAGGAUAAAGAAUGUUGAAGAUAAAUCAUGGAAAAAAAUACGUCCAAGACCAACAAAAACAAAUUAUGAAGGACCAUAUUAUAUAUGUAAAGAUGUUGCUGCUGAGGAGGAAUGCAGAUAUUCAGGCCACUGCACAUUUGCUUACUGCCAAGAGGAGAUUGAUGUCUGGACACUGGAGCGGAAAGGGGCCUUCAGUCGUGAGGCUUUUUUUGGUGGCAAUGGGAAGAUCAACCUUACUGUGUUCAAACUACUCCAGGAGCAUCUUGGAGAAUUUAUAUUUCUUUGUGAGAAAUGUUUUGAUCAUAAGCCUAGAAUGAUAAGUAAAAGAAAUAAAGAUAAUUCUACUGCUUGUUCUCACCCGGUUACAAAGCAUGAGUUUGAAGACAAUAAGUGCCUUGUCCACAUUUUGCGAGAGACAACAGUAAAAUAUUCCAAAAUACGUUCUUUUCAUGGUCAGUGUCAGCUUGAUUUAUGUCGACAUGAGGUUCGUUAUGGCUGUUUAAGGGAAGAUGAGUGCUUCUAUGCCCAUAGUCUUGUGGAAUUGAAAGUCUGGAUAAUGCAAAAUGAAACAGGUAUCUCACAUGAUGCUAUUGCUCAAGAAUCUAAACGAUAUUGGCAAAAUUUGGAAGCAAAUGUACCUGGAGCACAGGUACUUGGCAGUCAAAUAAUGCCUGGAUCUCUUAAUAUGAAGAUAAAAUUUGUGUGUGCCCAGUGUCUGAGAAAUGGCCAAGUCAUUGAACCAGACAAAAACAGAAAAUAUUGUAGUGCAAAAGCAAGGCAUUCGUGGACCAAAGAUCGUCGUGCGAUGAGAGUGAUGUCUAUUGAACGUAAGAAGUGGAUGAACAUCCGUCCUCUCCCCACAAAGAAACAAAUGCCUUUACAGUUUGAUCUGUGCAACCAUAUUGCUUCUGGGAAAAAAUGUCAAUAUGUUGGAAACUGUUCCUUUGCUCAUAGUCCUGAGGAGCGAGAAGUGUGGACUUACAUGAAGGAGAAUGGGAUACAAGAUAUGGAGCAAUUUUAUGAACUCUGGCUAAAGAGUCAAAAAAAUGAAAAAAGUGAUGAUGUAGCCAGUCAGUCAAACAAGGAAAAUGGAAAACAAAUUCAUAUGCCAACAGAUUAUGCUGAAGUUACCGUGGACUUUCACUGCUGGAUGUGCGGGAAGAACUGCAACAGCGAGAAGCAGUGGCAGGGCCACAUUUCCUCCGAGAAGCACAAGGAGAAGGUUUUCCACACCGAGGACGACCAGUACUGCUGGCAGCACCGCUUCCCAACGGGGUGUUUCAGUAUUUGUGAUAGGUAUAUGAACGGCACCUGCACAGAAGGGAGCAGCUGUAAAUUUGCGCAUGGAAACGCUGAACUUCACGAAUGGGAAGAAAGAAGAGAUGCCCUAAAGAUGAAGCUCAACAAAGCCCGAAAAGAUCACUUAAUUGCCCCAAAUGAUAAUGACUUUGGAAAAUAUAGUUUUUUGUUUAAAGAUUUAAACUAAUAUGCUGGCUUUUAUGUAUGUUACCUAAUCAGAGCAUUGACCAGAAAAAUUGAAAGUGUUCUAAGGCACGUAGCAGAGGAGCUGCAGAUUUUCUGCUUGUAUUGGCGUAUAUCGUUCCUCCUGAGCAGCAACCCACAGUAGGUAGGAAAAUGGGCUGUUUCACAGGUCUGGCCACGCUCUCACGGAACCAUUGGCAUCAAAUGGCGAAGUGACUGCUACCCGGUUGCCAUCUGUUGAACAGACUUUUGGAUGAAGUGUGUUGGGGAAGAGGAUAAGGUUAUAUCUAGGACAGCUCUUUGAGUUGGUCCUUCAUAUAAGAACCAUGACGUUAAGAGAAUAAACACCUGUACUGGGAUCAUAACACAUGAUGGAUCAAAUUCUUUACAUGUUUUAGCGGAAUGAAUUUGUUUAAUAUAAUAAAGUUUGCCACUUAUCUGUAUGUAGGUUGCUAAAAAGGAUUUUCUUAACCCAGAUUUUAAGCCAAAUAACCAUUUAACACUAGUAUAUGUUAAAUGGGGUAUUUUUCUCUAUUUGUAUGUUUCAUUAUAAUAAGGGAACUGAGGAUAAUGUGCAUUGAGAAUAUUUUGAAAAAUAAUCAGUUGACUCAAAUUUUAUUUCUUGGUCUUUUGCUGUUUAAAUGAUGAUUUUGAAAGAUUAAACUUGUACUGUUGGUAUUGUGUAGUGUACGGACCAAUAUUGCCUGUAAUAAAGAUUUUAUAUAUAGAUGUCUUUC